AUGUUUUGCGGAAGGAUACGCGCAACACACGAGUCGAACAUGAGGCGCCACAUCAAGAAUUGUGGUCAAUGCCAGAGCGAGAUUCAAAGACAGCUUGAUACCGAAAGAGGUCUCAGAUCUCCUGACGCAGUCACCAGAAACACCACAAACGAGUUGCUCAAGAGCUAUCAGAAGGCUCAGCAGAGGACUCCGUUCAAGAACGGCAUCCCAUUCGGUGCCAACGACCUCGACCAGCGUUACAACAGUCUCCGAAUCAAAACGGAGAGCGAUCUUUGUCACACUACAGAGUUUCCACACGUGGACGCCACGAGGGAACCGGGACUUCCCGUUUCCCUGCAACUGCAGACCCGUCCUGAUUCCGACCACAGAAGCCUUGGAGCUGGACACCUUCAGAUCUCCCCAGCUGAAGAUGCUCUCAAGUACGACACUCAGCAUGAGAUGGUCGGUGUCAGUGGCGCCGAGUUCGAGCAAUUCCACCUCUCAAUGACCGGAGAUACCCCAAAUAGCAUACCCGCCGGCUGCACGUCGAUGCCGUUUUUCGACGAGGCUUUCUGGACUCAGCGGGAAACCUAG